AUGUCUCCCAAAUUCGCUCUUGCAAUUCUGCUCUUCAGCUGCCUUCUCCUGGGAAUCGCCAAUGCUCAGCAACAUCGGUAUCCCCAGCAACGCCAGCAGCAGAGAUUCCAACAGAGGGUUGGGUAUAAUCAGCAAAGGGUUGGAACUCGUAAUAUGGAUGGCGGAUCCGUACCUCCUCCGAAUCUACCUCCUCCGGAUGUAGGUCUACCACCUUCAGAUGGUGGUGCAUUCAACCCGGACUGCCUGCCCAAUCAACUGGCCAGCGGCAAUGUUGACAACAAGAGACCCAGGCAGAGGCAUUAG